AUGGUUGACUUUGUCCCGAGAUAUGCUCAUUUUGUGUCCUCGGUGAUUGCAGAGGAGAAAUCCACCGCUGUUCACCUUGGAUGUACUGGUAUUGAUCCUAAUGUCGGUAGAUUGGGAUUACAAAUUGUUUCCUGGGGGUACAAUUAUACCAAAGACCUAUUGAUGUCGCAGCUAUUUAGUUCCAAGUUGGCUGGUGCAGGAUUGGUGAUGUAUAUUCACUGA